UGCCUCACUUGCCGUACGAAACACGGAAACAGCUGUGGACAUGGCACAGGCCGCUAGCCUGUUAGCCAUAUUCCGCUGUUUAUUACUGUGAGAAAAUGUUGAUUAAAAAGCAGUAUUGAGUGUGUUGAUAGAAGAAUAUGUGGCGGGGAUGUGGCUAAAUAAUGGGAAACGUCUUUGGGAGAAAGAGUCAUCCUUCUCGUGUAACGGAUCAAGACAGAGCCAUUUUGCAAUUGAAGCAGCAGAGAGAUAAGCUGAAGCAGUAUCAAAAGAGAAUCACCUUACAGCUGGAGAAGGAGCGGCUUCUGGCAAAGCAGCUGCUAAAAGAUGGCAAGAAAGAGAAAGCAUUGCUGCUUCUUAAGAAAAAACGGUAUCAGGAUCAGCUUCUAGACAAGACAGAAAAUCAGAUUUCCAACUUAGAGCGCAUGGUUCAAGAUAUUGAAUUUAUGCAAAUUGAGAUGAAAGUCAUCGAGGGGCUUAAGGUUGGCAACGACUGUCUGAAGAGUAUGCACGAGAUCAUGUCAAUAGAAGACGUGGAGAAGAUCCUGGACGAGACACAGGAAGCAAUUGAAUAUCAAAGACAAAUAGAUGAAGUGCUGGCUGGAGCCCUGACACAGGAGGAUGAGGACGCUGUUUUAGCGGAGCUGGAUGCAAUCACUCAGGGAGAAGAUGUUACGCUUCCAGAGGUCCCCACUGAACCAGUACCAGAAGUCCCAGAAGCAGCUAGUACUGAGACAGAGAGGGGAGAAUCUAAGAACAAGCCAGUCAGAGAGAUGCUGGCAGCCUAACACACUGAAUUUGCGUUUGAUAUCUAGUGUGGAGCUGCAAAUAAGUAGAGUUGGGUCUAUUUGUUCAGAGUUUUGGUUUGUAACAGUGGGAAGUGCAUAUAUCAGUGCAUCUUCCUACGUUUUACAGCAUCAGGACUGUCUGCACUCUGGUUCACUGCUUCCAAAAUAUUCUGUUUCUCUUUCUGAUUUGCAUUAGUAAAUCAAUGUUACAUUGUAGCGACUAUCGUAGAUAAACAGGAUGCAUUUUUUAGAUGUUUUACACGUUCAUGUAAUCAGAUUUUGCAUAUUAAAUUGAGUUGUGGGAACAAUA